AGGAAUUUGAAUUUUAUGAAAGCCAAUAUUGUGCUACUACAGAAAAAUCUCAAUUAGAUUUAUAUUUGGAAGAGCCUAGGCUAAAUCGUGUGGAACAUGCUGAAAUGGAUAUAUUGCGGUAUUGGAAAGAUAAUCGAUUUCGAUAUCCUGAUUUAUCUCUUAUGGCGCGUGAUGUACUUACUAUUCCUAUCACAAGCGUUGCAUCAGAAUCUGCAUUCAGCAUUGGAGCCCAGGUUCUUAACAAAUAUCGAAGAUCACUUUUGCCGGAAAAUGCAGGAGCAUUGAUAACAACUCGAAAUUGGUUGUUUGGUUACGCAAUGGAUCCAAGUGAAGAAAGAGAAGAAGCUGAACAAUUAGAAGUCAAAUUUGAAAAUCUUUUGAUUAAUGAUUUGGGAGAAGCUUCGACAAACAAUCAUGGCUAAUUAAGUUUUUUUAUUAUCUUUUGAAAAUUGUAAUCUUGUGAAUUUUUAUGGAACUCAUUUAAAUUUGGUUUUGUUUCUAAAUAUUUAACUGUUAUAUUUU